AAUUCUUCCUUUUGUACUCCCUGGCUGAUUUCCCAUUUCCGACGCGGAUCCUCUCUUCUUCGCAUUCUGGGAGUAACUAACUGUUUGUGUUUGUGUACUAGUACGCAAGUAGUGCCUGUUGAAAUUGAGUUAGGGUGGGUGGGAAUUGAAGCGCCAUGGCGGCUGCUGCAAAGUUGAUAGUUGCAGUUGCAGUUGUAGCACUGGCCGGUGCUGUGUGCGGCGGCGUGAGCGCAAAUUCCGAAGGGGACGCGCUGUACGCGCUGCGCCGGGGCUUGUCGGACCCCAACAACGUGCUUCAGAGCUGGGAUCCCAAUCUGGUGAACCCUUGCACCUGGUUUCACGUCACUUGCGACAAAGACAACCGUGUCACUCGCGUGGACCUUGGAAACUCAAACUUAUCUGGUCACCUGGUGCCUGAUCUUGGGAAGCUUGAACGUUUGCAGUACCUGGAGCUUUACAGAAAUAACAUCCAGGGCACAAUUCCUGUUGAACUCGGUAACUUGAAGAGCCUUAUAAGUUUGGAUCUGUACAACAACAAUAUCUCUGGUACAAUUCCUCCUUCAUUGGGGAAAUUGAAAGCACUUGUUUUCCUGCGCCUUAAUGAUAAUAAGUUAACCGGGCCAAUCCCACGGGAACUUACUAGUGUUUCUACUCUUAAAGUUGUGGAUGUAUCAAAUAACAAUUUGUGUGGAACAAUUCCGACUUCUGGUCCAUUUGAGCAUAUUCCACUAAACAACUUUGAGAAUAAUCCUAGACUGGAAGGUCCAGAGUUGAUGGGACUUGCAAGUUAUGAUACAAACUGCUCUUAGAGGAUAAGACUUGAUGAAUAGGCAACUGUCCUUGAAGAUCACCUGUUAUUUACCUACCUAAGCAUGUAUGUGUGUGACACUGUAAGAUGCUUGAAAGUUGUAGCUUUAUCAAAUACUUUAACUUUAGCCUUGUUAUUAAGGUUGUUUAAUAUAAUAUUUAAAAAAAAAAAGUUAUGAAUUUUUUUU